AUGAACAGACCUGAGGGUCCUUCCCUGGGCAGACCUCCAGACCCCGAUCUCUCAAUCACCCAGGACUCGGAGUUCCCAAUCCCCUUCUCCCUCAGGCUACUGCCCGGCCUCCCGCGCCGGAGCCUUCGGGGAGCUGGAGAGCCGCAGUCGCCCUGCUGGGCGGGGCCCGCGGUCAGCCCGGGAGCCGCUCCAAAGGCGGCUCCCAGAGCCAUGAAACCAUUCAGCCCGACCCCCUGCCUCCUCAUCUUCCUCCUCCUCGCCCAGCUGGGCUCCGCGGCCGCCCCCUCGACCUCACCGUCCGCGGCCUCCGCCUUCCCGGAAACAGGCCCCUCCGAGAUCUCCCCGCGCGCUGCUGAAAAUCCCACUCGCCAUGGGCCGAGCACAGAAUCCCCGGGGGCCGAGUCUCCUCGGCCCUCCAGGACCCCUCCUGCGGUGUCCCCUGAGACUUCCACCACUGACUUCACUGAUAUCCCCAACACUGAUCCCCAGGAAACCCCACACCCGGAGUUCCCUGAGACUCCCAAGCCUUACCCAUUCAAAACCUCCAUCCCAGGAUCCCCAGAGACCUCAAAACCUGACCCCUCCAAGACCACAGCUCCGGGACCUUCAGGGACCCCCAGAUCUGACCCCACUGAAACUCCGCACCAAAUAUCCUCUGACAGCCCCCAACCUAAUCCCUCCAAAGCUUCACACCCAGAAUUUCCUGAGAUCCCAAACCCCCACCUAACCGAAACACCAUACCAAGAAUCCCCUGGGACCCCUGAACUUAAUUCCACUGAAAUCCCACCCACAGAAGCCCAUGAGACCCCAAAGCCUGACCCCACCAAAAACCCUGAUCCCAAAUCUCUAGACAUCCAUGAUCCUGACACAACUGAGUCCCCAUACUCUGAAUUCUCCCAGACCCCCAAUCCUGACCCCAGUGAACCCCCCCACAACCCCACUCCCACUGAAAUCCCCCAGACAGAGUUUCCCACAACCCACUACCAAGAUGCAACAGAGAUGCUCAUGACCUCUGACCCUGAACUCUCCACUAAUCUCCCAGAAAGGCCUGCACCCUCCAAGGAUGACACUACCGCCCUAAAGGAGAUGCCCCUGAAUUCCAAAUCAGAAAUCCUUGCAGCCACCCAGCCCAGCUCCCCUAAGCUGCCCACCUCAGAUUCUCCAGGUACUACUGAACUGAAGGCCCCCCAGAGCCCUGGCCCUAAGGAGCCUGGUGCCCCUCCUCCCUCAGCCCGGAUUGCAGGACCCCCCAAUCAGCAGGUCCCCGCCACUCCACGGGCCCCCCAGCGGCGCAGCCAAGGUGAGAGGGUCAACACCAUCAUCGUGGUGGAACGAGUGAAGGAGACAGGCGUGGCUCUGGUGGGGCGCCCGCGGGGCGCGACGGGCGGGGCCCUGUGCCUCUUGCUGGCCGGGACCGGGCUGCUCGUCGGCAUCUUCCUGCUGCUAUGGUGUCUCUACCGCCGGGCGGCUCGACAGCGGCCCUUCGCGCACCACCGGCUCCCGGACCACGGAGAUGAACCGGUUCUGCACCUGGACGCCCCUAAGGACCCCUACGACCUCUACUUCUAUGCGCCCGACGCCUGGGUCCCUUCGCACAUCGCCACCAAGCAGCCACCGCCCACCCCCCCGCUGCCGCCCAAGCUGCCCCCGCCGCCCCGCACGGGACCCCCCCAGCGCCUGGAAGCGCUCUCCCCCGCCGCGCUCCCCAACAACUUCGUGUGA